UCCUCUGGAUUCGCAUACCCGUCCGUCUUUCGCACACAAAAGUUCGCGUCUACACUGCGCGCGUCACAGGCAACGGCAUCCAUACACACAGACAAGAGCAAGAUUUGGACAUAGGAACAAGACAAUACCGACAUCAUGAACGCACCAGAUCGAUUCGAGCUCUUCCUUCUCGACGAAGGCCAGGAAAAAGUCGAGGAGAAAGCCGAGACCCGCGUCCCCAACACGGCCGUCUUCACCUUCAACAAAGAAGACCACACGCUGGGCAACCUACUCGCACAGCGGCUCCUCAAGAACCCCGCCGUCAUGUUUUCGGCGUACAAGGUGCCGCACCCGCUCUUCGCUACGUUCGAGCUGCGCGUUCAGACAGACGGCUCCAUCACCCCCAAGGAAGCCGUCAUGAAGACGUGCAGAGAGGUCAUUGCCGAUUUGUCCAAGCUCAAUGAUAGCUUUCAGACCGAGUGGCUUGGAAAACGCAUCGUUAGUGAGGGCGAGGCUGAGAGGCAGCAGAGAGAGCAGAAUAACUUUUAGCGUCGUUGAAGUCGGUAUCUUGGGUUUGGGAUUGGUGGUGGUGGUAGUUGGGGGUAGGGGGGAGGCUGAGUGUGGAGGAGAGUAAAGGUGGGACUGGCGAAUAUGCAUGUCAAGGGCGUUUUUUUAUUAUUAUAUGCAGAAUUGGGGUUCAGUAUGGCCCAUUGCAUCUGGCGUUUGGAAGGGAUUUGGGUUGGAUGAUGAUGGAAAUAGGUGAUUGAUUGAUUGUGUUGGUUUGGUAUUGAAAUCAGGAAACUACGCAUUUUCAACGUUUCGACC